AUGAGUCGGUUGUCGACAGGUCGAAUUGCCGCCAUAGUAAUCAUUUUCCUCUUCAUUGUAGCUCUUUUCCAAAACGAUGAUGCUGGAACAUACGCCUUCCUCCCUUCUUUUUCACGUACAAAAAAACUCCCCUCAUAUCCACCGACAUGGCUGCGCGAACGUAUGGCUCUCUCAGAAAAGUCCUGGAAGAAGAGCGUGGAGCUGCGCGAGACAAUGGCUGCCUCCCACCCUGCCAACCCUAAGAUUCCUUUCUUCCCAACAGACUUUUUGAAAUACCCUUUCACAGUCUGGGACUUCUUCCCGGCUACUUGGACAUGUCCGCACGACUUCCAGCGCGUCGGUCGACUCGGCGACGGCGGGAAGUGGGUGUGUGGAAUGAGUAUCUACGAGAGCAUACCCACUCCCAAGCCAAUUAGUGCCGAGGAUGUCGAGGUGCGCGAAGCAGCGAUUCAAGCCGCAGAGCAAGGUCUUGUCAUCUAUAGCUUCGGUAUCAACGGUGAGUCCUCGUUUGAGGCUGAGAUGCUGGAACGUGCGCCCAGUGCGCGCAUCUGGGGCUACGAUUUCUCAGUCGAGGGAUGGGGGAAACAGAUCCCAACGACAGAAAGACACCGCACCUUCUUCAAGAAGGUUGGACUAGGCAAGGAGGAUAAGCAUGAAGAGAAUCCGGCCUUCUGGACGCUGCCGACAUUGAUGAAGGAAAACAAUCACACAUACAUCGACAUUCUGAAGAUCGACAUCGAAGGCAGCGAGUACGACGCGCUUGAUACUUUCAUGGAUGCUUUUGAUGGUGUCCAGAGCGCAAGCGGAAAGAGUGUGCUGCCUAUUGGGCAGGUCAUGAUUGAGCUGCAUCUUGGUAAUGGCGAUAUUACAGACAAGGUUGAUUUUGAGAGGUUCAGGAAGUGGUGGGAGAGACUGGAGAAGAUGGGUAUGAGGCCUGCGUGGAUCGAGAUCAAUCUCUUUGCUGUUACGCUGGGUCAAGAGAAGAGCAACCCAAGGUGUACGGAGUAUGUCUGGGUCAAUGCAAAAGAUGAGAGGAGCGUGCUUUGGAGAUCAUAG